GCGCAAGCGUCACAGAUAUAAACUUCAUGGAACCGGCUCUGUUGAAUACUCUGAUUUUGUUGCUUCUUCGUCUUCCCAUAGCGUUGUUACUUAAGUCAUCCAAAUCAAUUUAUAUUUAAAGUGUCAAAAAAAUUUGGGCAAUGGCUACUAAAGAAGUUGGAGGCUACAAGUUGGGAAAAAUUAUCAUAGAAGGCAAAACCAAACAAGUAUAUGAAAUCGCUUCCAAACCUGAAGAAUGCAUACUUUUAUCUAAAGAUAGAAUCACUGCUGGCGAUGGAGUUAAAGCUCAUGAUCUUGAAGGAAAAGCAGCGAUUUCUACAAAAACAUGUGCCAAAGUGUUCGAUCUAUUGAACAAAGUUGGAAUCAAAACUGCGUUUAUAAAACAAGCGUCCGACAGGGGCCUGCUGUCGAAAAAAUGUGAAAUGAUACCAAUCGAAUGGGUGACACGUCGUUUGGCAACUGGAUCCUUCCUGAAGAGACAGCCCGGUGUUCCAGAAGGUUAUCGUUUCUAUCCACCGAAGCAUGAGACUUUCUUCAAGGAUGACGCAAACCACGACCCCCAAUGGUCAGUCGAGCAAAUUAUAUCAGCUAAAUUCAAGUACAACGGAGUUCUUAUCGGCCCAACAGAGGUUGAGAUAAUGACGAGGACAUCCAUUCUCGUAUUUGAAGUUUUAGAAAAAUUCUGGGCUACCAAAAAUUGCGUUCUAGUAGAUAUGAAGAUUGAAUUUGGUAUUGAUGCUGACGGGCAAAUUUUAGUAGCAGAUGUGAUCGAUUCAGAUAGUUGGAGACUGUGGCCGUCAGGAGACAAAAGAUUGAUGGUUGACAAACAAGUAUACAGAAACCUUACCACUGUAACGAAUUCUGAUCUAGAUACGGUGAGAAGAAACUUCGAAUGGGUCGCAAAUCAAUUAGAUUUCUCCGAUUUUUUGGUACCCAAUCAUCUGGUUGUUAUCUUGAUGGGAAGCCCGUCGGACAAAGAACUCUGUGAGAAAAUUGAAAAACAUUGUCAAUCCUACGGUCUACAAACGGCAAUGAGAGUGACAUCAGCACACAAGGGGACUGAAGAAACACUGAAUAUGGUCAGAUAUUACGAAUCCCUAGGAAUUAAAAUAGUCUUUGUGGCUGUAGCUGGAAGAUCUAAUGGUUUAGGUCCUGUGGUUUCUGCGAAUUCUGCCUAUCCUGUUAUAAACUGCCCCCCAGUUAAUGCUGAUAAUAUAGAUAAAGACAUUUGGUCUAGUCUGAAUGUCCCAUCCGGUCUUGGUUGUGCAACAGUUGUAUAUCCUGAAACUGCUGCAAUACAUGCAGCUCAAAUUCUUGGUUUGGAGAAUUUCAUCAUCUGGAGUAAAAUCCGAACAAAGCAGUUGGAUAAUUAUGUAGCACUGACCAAAAGUGAUAAGGAAUUGGCAGGACAAAAGGCUUUAAUUUGAAGAUUAAAAAUAUUUUUGUUGGGUUAACACAUGCAUCAAUAAUUAUCUCAAAAAAAUAUUUUGUACCUAUAUCCGUUUUUUGUAAAUAAAUAUUUUGAUUAUGUAAUGUA